AUGCGUAUAGUCUCGUUCACGAGAUUUCAGACGAGGCUUCCCGGCGUGAAGGAAGCAAACUGCAGAAAUUUAAAUACUGCUGGGGGAGCUAAACACAGACUUAGGUUCAAGUGCGAGCUAAGGGUUGACACCUACAAUUAUGUAGGAAUCGGGAACUCUACCAGUAAGAAAGAUGCACAGACGAAUGCCGCCCAAGAUUUUUGCAGCUUUCUGGUACGGGAAGGUCAGAUGUCAGAGGCUGAUGUACCAAAGAUGAAUGCUGCAAGUCUUGAGAUCAACCAGCCAGCACCAGGUAUGAUGGGUGGUGGUGGUCCUGGGAACCUACCAGGGAUGAUGACACCCCAAAUGCAGAUACAGGGAGAGAGGGGUGAACAAGAGCAGGGUGGCAAUCAGCACCAUGGGGGGCCUGUAGGAGGGCCUAUGAGUGGCCCUGGGCCCUACCAGAGAGGUCCCCCGCAGGAGUACAUGGAUCGUAUUAAUGAAAAACGUAGACUGGAGGUGGAAGGGUCUGAGGAUACAGAUUUCAAUGCUGAUAUCCAUGGCAACUGGACACUGGAGAAUGCCAAGAGUCGGCUGCAUCAGUUCCUACAAAGCAUUAAGGUUAAGGCUGACUAUAAGUAUAACACAGUGGGCCCAGAUCACAACAAGAGUUUCAUUGCAGAAAUGGGGUUCUUUGUACGUAAAUUGAACAGAAAUAUCCAUGCAAGGGAACAUGGCUCCAACAAACAGGUUGCCUCUAAAUCGUGUGCCUUGUCCCUUGUUAGACAGCUUUACCACUUCAAAGUCAUUGAACCAUACACAGGCGUAAGCAAGAAGAAAGACCGUGAAGAGCUUCCACCUUAUGAAGUUGCUAUAAGUCCAGAAAUUGGAGGACAAAUAGAUGAAGUUCUCAAUGAAUUUGAGAUCCAACCAGUCCCAAGGAAUCCAGAUCCCACGCAGGCUCAGUCUCUACUGAUUGGUCGUAAAGUGAAUGAGUUUGAACAGUCCCAUAGCCAGGCUAGUGGAAGUGUUGUACCCUGGUCACCCCCUCAGCCUAAUUGGAACCCAUGGACAGCCUGUAACAUUGAUGAGGGACCAAUGGCUUUUGCCAGCAUGGAGGACAUUAGUAGAGAUCUACAAGAAGGCCUUAGGAUGAAAACACAAAAUGAUGAUAAAUAUAAAAAGAUGCUUGAGGGUAGACUUGAGUUGCCAGUGAACGCAUCUAAAGAACAACUCCUACAGGCGAUAGAAAAGAACCCUGUGGUUAUGAUACGAGGAGAGACAGGUAGUGGGAAAACUACACAGAUCCCUCAGUUCAUACUGGACCAGUACAUAGAACAAGGGAGGGGCUCACAGUGCAAUAUCAUAGUCACUCAGCCUCGUAGAAUCAGUGCAGUGUCUAUAGCAGAACGUGUAGCUGAAGAAAGGGCUGAAGAGUUGGGGAUGGGUUGUGGUUACAGCGUCAGAUUUGAAUCUGCAUUACCAAGACCAUAUGGUGGGAUUCUCUAUUGUACAGUGGGGACAUUGCUGCGUAAACUGGAAGGAGGUCUCCGUGGUGUGUCUCAUGUCAUAGUGGAUGAAAUACACGAGAGAGAUCUCAAUACUGACUUUAUUCUCGUUGUAUUACGUGAUAUGGUGAAUGCCUACCCUGGGAUGCGAUUGGUUCUUAUGUCAGCUACGAUUGACACAUCAUUGUUUGCUGAUUAUUUUGGCCUCACCCAGACGGUGGAAGUAUAUGGACGUACACAUCCGGUACAAGAGUAUUACCUUGAAGAUUGUAUCCAGAUGCUGAACUUUGUUCCUCCACCUCAACAGCGCAAACGUAAAGACAAGGGGGAUGAGCUUGUAGGUGGCGAUGACGAGCCUGAGGAAAAUUGCAACCAGAUGAUCAGUCCAGAGUAUUCGCCACAGACAAGGCACGCAAUGUCACAGCUGUCUGAGAAAGAAAUGUCUUUUGAACUUAUUGAGGGUCUCAUAAAGUACAUCCAAGGUCUGGACACCCCUGGGGCCAUUUUGAUAUUCCUACCUGGUUGGAAUUUGAUAUUUGCUUUGCACAGACACUUCUCAGAGCACCCAGUGUUUGGUGGCUCACAGUACCGCGUGUUACCACUUCACUCACAGAUUCCCAGAGAAGAGCAACACAAAGUGUUCAUGCCUGUUCCUGAUGGUGUAACAAAGAUCAUCUUGUCUACCAAUAUUGCUGAGACCAGUAUUACGAUCAAUGAUGUUGUGUUCGUCAUAGAUGCUUGCAAAGCAAAGAUGAAGCUGUUCACCUCUCAUAACAACAUGACAAAUUAUGCAACAGUUUGGUGCUCCAAGACCAACCUAAAACAAAGGCGAGGUAGAGCAGGAAGAGUCAGGCCUGGCUUCUGCUUCCAUUUAUGUAGUCGCGCAAGAUAUGAAAGACUUGAAGAUUACACAACCCCAGAGAUAUUCCGUACCCCACUGCAUGAAAUAGCGCUCACAAUUAAACUACUGCGCCUAGGACCAAUUGGGGAGUUCCUUGCUAAAGCAGUGGAGCCGCCACCUAUUGAUGCUGUCAUAGAAGCAGAGGCACUGCUAAGAGAAAUGCGAGCAUUGGACAGAAAUGAUGAGCUCACCAGCCUGGGUAAACUUCUAGCUAAAAUGCCAAUAGAGCCAAGGCUUGGAAAGAUGAUUAUAUACGGUUGCAUAUUCUAUUGUGGAGAUGCAAUGUGUACAAUCGCAGCCAGUACCACCUUUCAAGAGCCAUUCGUCACCCCCACGGAUAGACGUCGUCUUGGCUGGGUGCAUAAAAACAUGGCGGGGACACGAUGUAGUGAUCACGUGGCACUCCUAAAUGCUUUUCAGUCUUGGGAGGAAGCGAGGAUUGGAGGGGAACAGGCUGAGGAGUAUUUCUGCAACAACAAGUCACUCUCCAUGAAUACACUUAGGAUGACCUGUGAGGCCAAGAACCAGCUUAGAGAUAUCCUUGUGAAUGCAGGAUUCCCAGAGGAAAGUCUUGCUCCUCAAGUCUUCAGUUAUAAUGGGCCGGAUUUCAAACUAGAUGUGGUGAUCUCCUUGCUUGUGAUGGGCCUCUACCCCAAUGUCUGCUACCAUAAAGAGAAACGAAAAGUGUUGACUCAAGAAAGUAAAGCUGCACUUGUCCAUAAAUCAUCAGUCAACUGUGAUAGCAGGGAAAUAACAUUCCCUUCACCUUUCUUUGUAUUUGGUGAAAAGAUCCGCACACGUGCUGUGUCAUGUAAACAGAUGACAAUGGUUUCUCCAGUUCAGCUGAUGAUAUUCGGCAACCGCAACGUGAAGUUUGAGAAUGAACUUCUAUACCUAGAUGAUUGGAUCAAUUUGAAAGUUGAUUAUGAUACGGCAGCUAAAACCAUAGCCUUGAGGCCUGCUUUAGAAUCUCUUAUCGUUCAUGCUACAGAGGACCCAGAGUCUGUUGCGGAACCCUUACCACAUGAACAAAAACUGAUGCAGGUAAUCCGCCAGCUAUCAAAACCCAGCGCAGCCAGACAUGAACUGGAGUAUCAGGGAGCAGGGGGCUUCACUGGAGGGAGAGCUGGAGGCGGAGGUCCUCCUAACAAGAUGAUGAGAGGAGACUUCAGUGGUGGCGCACGGGGAGGAUUUGGUAAUCGUGGUGGAUUUGGUGGUGAUCGAGGUGGAUUUGGUGGUGAUCGAGGUGGAUUCCGUGGUGGAUAUGGAGACAGAGGAGGCUUUAGGGGAGGAUUUAGAGGAGGCCCUGGGGGUGGAGGAGGAUUUAGAGGUGGAUACAGAGGUGGGGGUGGUGGGGGCUUUAGGGGAGGUAGGGGUGGAUAUAGGGGAGGAUAUUAG